GUGGGAGGAAGAGCCUUGAAAGCGGAGUUGCCCCGUCCCUACCGGUGCCUUUCCUCUCCCUUCCGAGCCCGGGGCAGCCCCAGCGGGUUCUGCUUCCCCGGCGAGGGCGUGGUCGUUGAGGAGGAGCCUGCCCGGCCCUGGAUCUCCCUCGCCUAGGCGGCGCAGAGGCGCAAAGGCUCAGACGGAGGAUGGAGCGGCCGGGCGCAGCGAGAGGCUCCCGACGGCGCGCCCUGUCCGGCGGCGGAGGCAGGACCUGCGGGCGUUCCUUCUCGCGGCUGCUGCGGGCGCGCAAAGCAGGCGUCGGGGGUGGUGGAGGGUCCCGGGGGAAGCCAGAGGCUGAGGCUGCCAAGGCCUGUGACUGGCUGCGAGCGGCUGGCUUUCCUCAGUAUGCCCAGCUCUACGAAGAAUCCCUCUUCCCUCUCGACAUUGCCUCUGUGAAGAAGGACCACAGCUUCUUGGACCAGGAUUCCCUCAAAUCCCUCUGCAGGAGACUCGUGACACUGAACUCGUGCGCCUCAAUGAAGCUGGAGGUCCACUUUCAGCGGAAACAGAAUGACGACUCGGGAGACGAGGACUUCUGUGCCAUCAGCAAUCGGUGGGCUUUCCAGAGAGACAGCCGUAGGUGGUCCCGAAUCGGCUCCGACGAUUUCCUCUCCCGCAGCCCGGAGGCAGCCUCCACCAUGAGGAAGCUGCCCAGCCAGGAGAGCAUCCUCACUGACCUGAGUGCGGAGCUGGAGGCCUCCUCUCUCCACAGCGACCCCAGCACAGGCGAGGGUCCUGCUCUCCCGGACCCGUCCUCCACCCAGGAUUCUCCAACCUUGACCCUCUCCACCCCCAGCUUGGAGGACCCCUCGCCCACUGACCAGUCCCAGGACAUGAGUGGGACCAGCAAGGGGGACGCCAGGAAACGCCGGACUCGGAGCUUCCUCAGGAGGAUCGAGUCCCUCAGGAGGAAGGAUAAGGAGAAGCUGGACUCUGCCAAAGCCCCAAAAGAGGAUGGGGCAGAUGCCGAGUCCUGGUGGAGCUCCUCUAAAGACCCAAGAAGCGGGGUGUCGCCUUCUUCCUGCGGUAGCAAAACGCUUCCGUCAAGAGGGCGCCGGGCCAACGGGGCCUUGGGCUCAGCUGGGGAGCAGCCCAAACAUGGUAGCGUUUACCUGGAGGACUAUGAGGCAGGCCGGGGCAAGGGCACCCCCUGGGAUGCUGGCGGAUUGGGCCACCACGACCUGUUCGAAAGGGACUAUUUGGUCCACAUCCCCAGAGACUACAAGCCGGGCACUUUCCCCAAGUCUCUCUCCAUCGAAAGCCUGUGCCCGCUCGAGAGCGGGUGUUUGCCUGACUGGAAAUCUAGAGGCCCGGCUUCAGGCCUCUCGCCAGGUGGGGUUGGGAUGGGCAGCAGGACAGGCGAGGCCUUGGAGUGCAGGCUGAGGCGGCCCUCGUGCGGCUCCACAGGCAGCUCCACCAGCCUCUAUGACAAUGUGCCCGAGUCCAGCAGUGCCACGGACGACCUGUUUGGCCUGGACAGGGACAUCAUCUACGAAAACCUGGACGAGAUCCUGGAGCACGUUUGGGGGCUGCAGAGGAAGGUGGAGCUGUGGUCCGAGGCCAUCCAGCUGGACCCGGAGGGCGGAAGCAUCGGUGGCGGGGAGGAGACGGACUCUGGAGGGGAGCCCGCCACCCCAAACUUUGAGGAGCGCUCCGUGUCGGACAUUGGCACGUCGGCCAGCGACUUUGACAGCACAGCCAACUCCCUGAACGAGGCAGAGGACCUGGGAAUGAGGGAGCGGAGAGACUCCGGGGUGGGCGCCUCCCUCACCAGGCCUUGCAGGAAGCUUCGCUGGCACAGCUUCCAGAACUCCCACCGACCCAGCCUGAACUCUGCUUCCUUGGAGAUCAACCGCCAAUCUGCCGCCCAGCUCAACCUCCUCCAAAAAUGCUCCCUCCUUCGCCUCACAGCCAUCAUGGAGAAAUACUCCGUCCCCCACAAGCAGAGCUGGUCAUGGGCGGUCCCAAAGUUCAUGAAGAGGAGCAAGACCCCCAACUACAGGGACAAGAGAGUCUUUGGGGUCCCACUACUCGUCCACGUCCAGAGGACUGGACAACCGCUGCCCCAGAGCAUUCAGCAGGCAAUGCGCUACAUACGCAGCCAGUGUCUGGACCAGGUCGGCAUUUUCCGUAAGUCCGGGGUCAAGUCCCGGAUCCAGGCCCUGAGGCACAUGAACGAAGCUUCCCCGGACCAUGUGAGCUACGAGGGCCAGUCGGCCUACGACGUGGCCGACCUGCUCAAGCAGUACUUCCGUGACCUCCCUGAGCCUGUCUUCACCAGGAAGCUGAUGGAGACAUUUCUGCAGAUUUACCAGUUUGUGCCCAAGGACCAGCGUCUGCCGACGGUGCAGGCAGCCAUUGCUCUGAUGCCCGACGAGAACCGGGAGGUGCUGCAGACAUUGCUCUACUUCCUGAGUGAUGUGGCCUCUGCCCAGGAGAACCAGAUGACAGCUGGGAACCUGGCAGUCUGCCUGGCCCCCUCUGUUUUCCACCUCAACGUCUCCAGGAAGGAGAGCACUUCUCCCAGGAUGAUUCACAAGAGAGCCACGAUGGGCAAACCGGACCACAAGGACCUGAAUGAAAACCUGGCUGCCACCCAAGGCCUCUCCCACAUGAUCACGGACUGCAAGAAACUAUUUCAGAUCCCCCAGGACGUGAUGCUCCAGCUUUGCAACUCCUACUUGGCAGCGGACACCCAGCCUCUCUCCUUCUCUGAGCUCAUGGGCCGGAGCCUGCAAGGGGAAGGCCGGGAUUCCCGGAUUGAUUUGGAAGUCAGUAUCCAAAGCCUGCUCAAGGAGUCCUUCGACCGCUUCAAGGGGUGGCUUGGCAUGCCUGGACCCCUCAACACGGAGAUCUCGUGCAAGAAGGUGGGGGACGUGCACCCCCUGCGCCUGUGGAAGGUGUCCACAGAAGUAGAGGCACCCCCUCAGGCGGUGCUUCAGCGGGUGCUCCGGGAACGGCGCCUGUGGGACGAAGACCUCCUGCAGGAGAAAGUGAUGGAGGCCCUGGACCACAACACAGAGGUCUACCACUACGUGACGGACAGCAUGGCGCCCCACCCCCGGCGAGACUUCCUCGUCCUCCGAAAAUGGCGCUCAGACUUGCCCCGAGGAGGCUGCCUCCUCGUGUCCUUAUCCCUGGACCAUAAGACGUUGCCCCUGGAAGGUGGGGUCCGGGCAGUGGUCCUGACCUCCCAGUACUUGAUGGAGCCCUGUGGGAUGGGGCGCUCCAGAGUGACCCAUAUCUGCCGUGCAGAUCUCAGGGGACGAUCUCCAGACUGGUACAGCAAAGUUUUCGGCCGCCUCUGCGCCAUGGAGCUGGCCAGGAUCCGAGACUCUUUCCCGGCGCUCGACCCAAGUGGUCCAGAGACAAAGAUCUGAAGGGGGCUUCUGGCGCUCUUGGACGCUCUUGGAAUGUGGAGUGGCUUCGGCCUUCGCUAGAGGGGAGGAGCUUUUCCAGGUGCCUGAACACCUGUGAACUGAGCAGCCUCUGCCCCUUCUAUCCAGAAACAUCAGCUCUUCAAGGCUGAGCUGCCCCAAGGAGCAGAAAGGUCUCC